CCAAACGUUAAAAAACACAAAGACCCAUCUGCACUACAUCCACGGAAUCACAAACCAAGGAAUCCUCGAGCUCUCAGUGUCUCACGCUGCUGCACAGGUAAACUAUCAUCUGCUUCUCUGUUAAGGAAACAAAACCUAUAAAAAAAAACCCGAUUUUAUUUACUGGGUCAAUCCAAAAAAGCACGUGAAAAAGCGAACUUUAUCGGAUGAAUUCUCAAUCUCAAUUAAGCUCCAUUGAAGACAUCUUCGAUUCCUCUCUAAAUUUAGAGGAAACCCAUUUCAAGGAAGGCUACAAUGAAGGCUACAGCCAAGGGUUAAUGUCUGGAAAAGAAGAAGCGGAACAAACGGGCCUGAAAAUGGGCUUUGGAAUCGGUGAAGAACUCGGGUUUUAUCGUGGCUGUGUUGAUGUAUGGAAUUCUGCUAUUCUUGUUGACCCGACCCGGUUCUCUACCCGAUUGAAGGAGUCUAUUAAGAAGAUGGAGGAGUUGAUUGAGAAAUACCCGGUUUUAGACCCGGAAGAUGAGAGAGUGAGUGAGAUUAUGGAUAGUUUGAGGUUGAAGUUUCGGGUUAUAAGGGCGGGCUUGGGUGUGAAAUUGGAGUAUGAUGGGUACCCAAAACCAAAGGAAAUCGAGUUUAAUGUUAUGUUUGAUCCGAUAUUUCAGGAAGUAUACAAUUCUAGUGUUGCUGAUAGAGGAGAAAUUAUGUUGAAGAUGAUGCUUGCUUGCUGUAAGGUAUACAUAUCUGAAAGCAGAAACAAAGUGGCAUUGGAAUCUAUUGAAAGAGCUGCAAAGCUAUUCCCUGAAGCACCUAUUGUUAAUAAGUUUGAAGAUGUGACUUAUAAUAGAGUUGGCUACACUCUUGUCUCGAGUUUGGCUCCAAAACCAUCUUUAGACUCAUGUGCUUUGAAGGGUGCUGUGCUUGCUAUGGUUAAAGCUGCUCUGGAAACUAUUGAUUUCGGAUUGCAUUGUGGAAGUCAUCCCCGGCUUGGUGUUGUUGAUCACAUUUGCUUUCAUCCCUUGGCUCAAUCAUCUUUAGACCAGGCAGCUGGGAUUGCAAAGUCUCUGGCAGUAGACGUUGGCUGUAGUCUUCAAGUCCCCACAUUUCUAUAUGGAGCUGCCAAUGUUGAAGGGAGAACACUCGAUUCAAUCAGAAGAGAGCUGGGUUAUUUCAAGCCAAAUUCUGGAAACCAAUGGGCAGGUGGGCCAAAAUCAGAGUCCUUGCCACUGAAGCCAGAUGAAGGUCCAGCACAAGUGAAUGAAGCAAAAGGUGUUCUUGUUAUUGGAGCAACCAGGUGGGUUGAUAACUACAAUGUCCCUGUCUUCUCCACUGAUAUUGCUGCUGCUCGUAGAAUUGCAAAACGUGUUAGUGGGAGAGGAGGCGGACUUCCUUCAGUUCAAGCAAUGGCACUUGCACAUGGUGAUGAUGUCAUUGAGGUGGCUUGUAACUUGUUGGAACCAAGUAAUGUAGGAGGAGAGAUGGUUCAGCAAGAAGUUGAGAGACUCGCAAAGGAGGAGGGUGUGGCUGUGGGGAAGGGAUAUUUUACAGAUUUCUCACAGGAUAAAAUAAUUGAAAAUUACUUGAAUUUUUGUCCCCUAAUGUAACCACAAGAUGCAAUUUUGUAACAGAGAAGGUAUUGCCCCUUCUGUGAAAAUUACUUUUAAAAAAAAUGCUACGCUGAAGGUGUCUUUCUAAGGGAUUUUUGUUCCGAUGCAUGUGAUGUGAAUGGUUGUCCACACAUGAAAUGUGUACGUCUUUACCAGCAUAUUCAUCAUCUUAGAAGCGGUGAGGUUUUGGCUUCAUAUUCUUGAGAGAUUGCUUAGAUGCAAAAAUUCCUAUAAAUACUAUGUAUAUUUUGGUUCAACUUGUAUCUCUAUAUCUGCUCUUCAUCCCUC